GCUGAGAUGCUCGUCUAAUACGUAGUAUCUCUUAUUAGUCUGUGGUUAUUAUCUUUGGCUAUUAUGAUAAGACAAAAUUACAAAAAUAAAUACGAAUAGAGUAUUUCUAAUAAAAUGUUGGCUCAAAAAUUGUGUCAAGUAUCUUCUUUUAGAAAGUCUUUUCCUCUAGUUCAACAAAUUCGAUGUACGAACUAUAUACAAGGUCAGGAACCAGAGCCUAAAAUUAGGGAAUAUUUUUACUACAUUGAUCAUCAAGGAAUGUUAUAUUUGGAUGACUCAAAAAUGAAAAACUUCACAUCAUGCUUCAAAGAGAAAAAGUUUCUACAUUUCUUUUUCAAGAGAAUAAGACAAAACAGAACUGGAAGAUAUUUAGAGUUUCCAUUUAUUUCUUUAUGUGGAAAGGAAAGAAAUUUUAUCAGAUGUGAUGAUGUGCCUAUAGUUUAUACACAUGUUAUAAACAAAAAUGACAAAGAUAUGUUAAGUUAUGGAUAUGCAGGAGACCUAUUAACAACAGAAUUUUUGCCACAAAAAAUCUAUAUGUUACCAAAAACUGGAAGAGUGUACCAUCCAGCUGAAGACAAGUAUGGAGGUGUUGGACUAGUGAGGUCUAAACUUGCCCUAGAAUUGAGUAGAUAUUUUGAAUAUGGAAAUGGAGAGACCAAACCUCCAACACACUUUGAAUGGAAAAAUACCCUCCAUAAACUAGACCAGAAGUGGUUCCAUGAAAAUGUUGCAAAACAUAAUAUAAAAAUCAGAAGUGAUCCUGCUUAGUGUAAUAUAUUUUAUUAGAUAUUUGCAUAUAAAUUAUAGAAACAGUAUAACAUUUGUUCAACUUAAAUUAUAGUAAUUAAAUAAUUUUAAAUCAAACUUUUUAACUAGUUUUUAUGUUAAACACUAUAUAACUAUUGUGAUGAAAUAUAAUGUCUAUAUGUGAUUACAACAAUAUAACAAACACCAACAAAGUUUUAAGGAAACCUUCUGUUCAUUGAUAUUAUCACAGGUGUCUAAUAUGGCGAAAUAACUGUAUAAUACUUGAAUUGAUAAAAAAAUAACAAUAGUCCAUAUUC